CAUAGCUUCUAUAUUUAUGAUCUCUGAACUUCUCUUAAGUGUUUGUUUCCCAGGAAAAACAUGGUACAAUCAAAGAAAUUCAGAGGAGUCCGCCAGCGUCAGUGGGGCUCUUGGGUUUCUGAAAUUCGCCACCCUUUACUGAAAAGAAGGGUAUGGUUAGGCACAUUUGAGACAGCUGAGGCGGCGGCAAGAGCAUACGACCAGGCGGCGAUUUUGUUGAACGGGCGAAUUGCCAAGAUCAAUUUUCCAGUAUCCGACGAUGGUGACAGUGGUGGUGGUGAUGGCUCUCUUCCGGAUAAGGCUUUGUCCGAGCUUUUGAGUGCUAAGCUAAGGAAGUGUUGCAAAGACCAAUCUCCUUCUCUAACUUGUCUCAGGCUCGACACUGAUAAUGCUCAUAUUGGGGUGUGGCAAAAACGGGCAGGCACUCGUUCGAGCUCCAGUUGGGUCAUGAGGGUCGAGCUGGGGGAUAAGAAGACACCGGCGGAAGACGGAUCGUUGGAGCUGUUUUCGCCGAUGACCGACGAGAGCGAAGCCGGUGGAAGUGCAGUGGGAGAAGAUGAUAGGAUUGCCAUGCAGAUGAUUGAGGAAUUACUUAAUUGGAAUUGUCCCAUGAAUUCAGCCUCAGUUGGAGUUUAGAAUAUAUAUAUAUAUAUAUAUAUACAUAUA